ACAGUAUAUUAUUAAGCAGGCAGUAGUAGGGCUGCAUUGAGCAUCGACGUGCCUGGUUAGUUUCUGGCGUGCGUAUGAGAGUUUGAGUCAGAAGACAGCGUCAGCCUUUCAGGCACGGUCUGUGCAAUUAUGUUGAAAACCAGAUCUGCGCUUGUGUGUGUGUGCGCGACUAUCAGCGAGUUGUGAAUUUAAUGCAUGGCGCAAUCCAACAUGUAUGGAUAACUGGUGUGUUAUGCUGAGAGCAGUACGGCCAAACGUUUAAAGUCAAACGUGGUGGUGUGGUGGUGGUUUUCCGACAAACUAGUGAACUUGUGUCUGGGCAAUGUGGAGUUAUACAGGCUCAGCUGGCUGUGCGUCGCUGAUAGAUUAGGAAUAUUUUUUACUUUCCUACUGGAUCUCUCACAUCUCUCUAUUUUUAUCGUCGCGGUUGGCUAGCGUGAAAUAUUUAUCUCGUGCUUUUGGCAACAUUACCGACUGUUACGAUGGUGCGCUGGUUUGGUUGUUUUGGAAAAUCACGUGAGAAAGAUCCGAAUGCUAAAUCCAAAAAGUCCAAAGGCAAAGCUGGCUCAGGAAGUGGUGCUGGUGGUGUAGUCGAUUCGGCAGAUGCGGUUGUUGAUGGCACAACCAACCAUCGGGAUCAUGAUAAGGAUCGUGACGGAAUACACGCUAGUAAAGACCGGGCUAAUAAUGAUUCGGCUGUCCUGGUUGACCACCAUCUAGUCAAUAAUAAUGUUAACCAUCAAAAGGAAACGCUUGUUUCCACUGGCACUAACCAGACACCGCAUACGAUCGCUACCGUCAGCAGAAGUCCUUCGAAAACUCUCAAAGAACUUCGCGACGAAUUUUUCCACAUUGAACGCGUUACACCCUAUCCGGACUCGCGAAACGCGACACCCACACCAAAAGCACUAGAAAAAGACAACAUGGCUCUAGGAUAUGGAGAUAUUCCCCCUCUUGUACAAGAGUACGAUGAGAUUUUCAACUCUAACAGCUUACAGACCUACUUUAAUCUCAGCCGACAGAUCGGUGGAGAAGUUCAGGCGCAGGCCGCCUUUGUUGAGAGGUUGUUUGCCCUUGAGCGAGAUUUCCUUGUUACUGCUGCUAACCACAAGAAGCCCUCAGAUGCGACUCUGAAAAGUCUUAUGGAACCCAUCGCUAAUCGCAUUCAGGCUAUUCAGGAUAUUCGUGAGAAGAAUCGUGCCAGUAAACUGUUCACUCAUCUUUCUGCCAUCAGCGAAAGUAUCCCGGCACUUGGGUGGAUAGCUGUGUCACCCACUCCGGCGCCCUACAUCAAAGAGAUGAUUGAUGCUGGUCAGUUCUACACGAAUCGAGUUCUGAAGGAUUAUAAGGACAAGGAACCGAUGCAUGUUGAAUGGGCUCGCGCCUGGAUUGACGUGCUGCAACAACUGCAAGCCUAUGUCAAGAAAACUCACACAACCGGCGUGGCUUGGAAUCCGCGCGGCGGGGAUUUAUCCACAGUGCCACAGAGCUCGUCAAUCAAUCGGAAUUUGGCUACCGGAGGCGCUCCACCCCCACCUGGUCCACCACCUCCAGGCCCUCCACCUCAACUGUUCAAAUGCAAUUUUCCACCGGAACCCAAUCAGAGUGAUGCGCGCGCUGCCCUCUUUCAAAGUAUCAACCAGGGUGAUGAUAUCACCAGAGGCUUGAAGAAAGUUACCGCAGACAUGCAAACCCAUAAAAAUCCUAAUCUGCGUGGAGGUGCCACGGUCACCGAUAGUCCUACGCGGUCCGCAGGUGCCAUCGCCGCUUCCAAGAUCGGACCCAACGGACCACCGAAAGUUGAGCUGAAUGGCAAAAAAUGGGAAGUGCAUAAUCAGCAAAGCAACCAAAAAAUUGUUAUUGAUCAGACAGAAAUGAAUCAUUCCGUAUACAUCUACCGUUGUGCGGACUCAGUGGUACAGGUCAAGGGCAAGGUUAGCUCGAUCACGGUUGAUAGUUGCUCGAAGACAUCGGUGGUCUGCGAAAGCUUGGUGUCUUAUGCCGAAGUGGUCAAUUCACAAAGAACUCAAAUUCAGGUGAUGGGCAAAGUUCCUACAGUUCAGAUUGACAAAUCCGAUGGCGUACAGAUCUACUUAAGUAAGGAUUCGUUAGAUUGUGAGAUCUUCAGCGCCAAAUCCUCGGAGAUGAACGUGUCCGUGCCCAAAGCUGAUGGAGAUUAUGCUGAGCAUCCUGUUCCUGAGCAAUUCAAAACCAAGUGGGAUACCAAACGCGGCAAACUAGUCACUGAAGUUAAUGAGGCUACUGGUUGAUUAUUUAACUGUCACUUCUCACAUCACCAAGGCAGCAACCGGAAAUUUCAUCCAACAUUUUCAAGCGCCGACUGAUGACUUAAUGUAUGGAUUGUGCGCGAAUGAUGGUAAUUUUUAUCAUGAAAAUGAGAAACUGAUAGUCUCUUCUUUGUACUCUCGAACUGGCUGCAAAUUGGUCAUCUUGUCUUUUUUUCCUUUGAAUAAUCAACCCACUUUUGCGCGCGCGCGUUACUAUUUGCGAAAAAUUGCCCAUUGGUUUCUAUAUUUUUGUUAUUUCAUUCUCUAUCUAUCUCACACUUUGAUCACAAGCUACCCUUUUUACCAGUGAAGUUUGUUAUUUUGGGAAAAUUUUGUGUUUGUGCGGGAAACGUCGUGGAAAAUGUUGUUAUUACAGUUGUAUUUUUCUUUAUAUUUGGAGUAAUUUGCACGUGUUAGCAUUUUUUAGUCGUUCGUUGAUUGUGAGUCUGAUAGGUCAUUUGGGUGCAUUUGGCGCACAUCUUUUGCAGCUGCUUGUCUAGUGGAAAUAAAGUCUAAUACAGCUUCGAUUAA